GCAAGUUAUCUGGUGGUAUUGAUCAUUUAAGACAACCUGUCUCUGAAACGCAAAAUGCUGUGCUCGGUCAUCGUCAUAGUUUUUACAUGGAUGGUGACAUUAUCCGCUUUCUCACCUGCUGCUGCCGAGUUUCAAACCGAUGACACAGUAUCAUUCGUAAGAAGCGAAAAUGACUGUCCCCAGAAGAUUGUACCAACCGGCUACCGGAAGGCCUUUAGGGUGAGCGGGUAUUACGUCUGCAUGAUAUCGGCAAAGGAGAAGGGAGACGAGAAUACGGAAGAAAAAGAUCAGGAGGAUGAGAAGUUCAGUGAUGAGGAUGACGAUUUCGAGGAAUCGUCAGAGAGUUAUGAAGAUGAAGGCAAUGGCAGAGGUGCCAAUGUCUGGAAGCACAAACUUUCCAGACUCGCUCGGAAAAUUCAAGAAGAUAACCCUCAGAAUUCAGCAGAGACUAUGAAAUCUGUGAACCAGCUAAAAAAAGCCAGUCAUCAGGUCCGAAGCAUAGUGAAAGAUGCACUUUCAAGACUGUUUGGUCGCAAAUAAAGUAUACGUGUCAUUGGAUCCUGAUAAUGCACUGGAUAAUGGAUAUAUGAAACAUGAAACAAACCUCCCCAGGGUAAUAAAAGACACUGUUAGAAUUAGAAUUCUCCUAUUCACACUCCGGGCACUGUGGGCCGGCCUCGUCUCAUCGCAUAGAGCAAAGGACAAUCAGGAUGACAAAAUGGACUACAUAGGAGUCUAUCUCCUAUCAUGCUUUUAUGAGAAACCAAAGGGGAUAGGCAUUGAAACACCAGGAUCAAGGCCCAAUGAUGACCAAACAUAUUAGUCAUUCUAUCCAUUGUCUAUAGCCAGAAGCUUUUGGAUAAGUCUGGGUAAAAAAACAAAUUAUGCAGAUUUUCAAGUGAUCAACAAUACAUG